AUGCUACGCACCGUCAUCAUAAAAAUGUCAUUCCCAGUAGAUUUGUCUAAGUUCAAGCAACUCAAGUUGGACUACACUCGUUCAACACUCUCUGAACAAGAGAGAAGCGACCUUUUGUCAAACAUUAACAUCUUCCGUGACGCUAUCGUUGCUUUCUCCGCUACUGGUAACGCUAGAGGUGUAUCUGGUCACACCGGUGGUCCAUUUGACACAGCACCAGAAGUCUGUAUCCUCCUCGCACUCAUCAACGCCAACCCAGAGAAGUUCAUCGACACCUUCUUCGAUGAAGCUGGUCACCGUGUCGCUACUCAAUACCUCCUCAGCACUUUGGACGGCCACAUUGACCCAGAGCAUCUCCUCAACUACCGUGAAGCAAACUCCAAACUCCCAGGUCACCCAGAAUUAGGUCUUACACCAGGUGUCAAAUUCUCAUCAGGUCGUCUCGGCCACAUGUGGGCUAUGAUUAACGGUGUUGCACUCGCCAACAAGGACAAGAAUGUCAUUAUGCUCGGUUCUGAUGGUUCCCAACAAGAAGGUGAUGAUGCUGAGGCUGCUCGUCUCGCCGUCGCUCAAAACCUCAAUGUUAAAUUGUUUAUCGAUGAUAACGACGUCACCAUCUCAGGUCACCCAUCUGACUACAUGAAAGGCUACUCAGUCCAAAAGACACUCGAAGGUCACGGAUUAAAGGUCGUCCGUGCUGAAGGUGAAAACAUCGACUCUCUCUUCAAGGCUGUCUGUGAAGUCGUUGCUCACGAUGGUCCAGCUGCGGUCGUCGCUUCAAGAAAGAUCGCACCAGAAAUCGAAGGCAUUGAAGGUGAAUCACAUGCCCACGAUGUUAUCCCAGUCGCCGUCGCUAAGAAAUACCUCACCAAGCGUGGUUACACUGAAGAACAACUCAAAUUCUACGAUGAUAUCAAGCCAAAGUCAGUCAAGUACGAUUAUAAGGGUGUCACAGCCGACAAGGGUGCUAACAGAGUUAUCUUUGGUGAUGCUGUCAACCUUGUCCUUGACAAACUCUCAAAGGAAGAAGCCGCCAAGCGCGUCAUGGUUAUUGACUCCGAUCUUGAAGGUUCAACUGGUUUAAAGGGUAUCCACAAAGCCCACCCAGAAGUUUUCGUUCCAUCAGGUGUUAUGGAACGUGGUAACUUCUCAGCUGCCGCUGGUUUCGGUUUCGGUGGUAACGGUGAACGUCAAGGUGUCUUCUCAACUUUCUCCGCUUUCCUUGAAAUGUGUCUUUCAGAAAUGACCAUGGCUAGACUUAACCACUGUAACGUUCUCUGUCACUUUUCACACUCAGGUGUUGAUGAAAUGGCUGACAACACCUGUCACUUUGGUCUCAACCACUUCUUCGCCGACAACGGUUUAGAAGACACUGCACCAACCAGCCUUUACUUCCCAGCUGAUGGUGAACAAAUGAAAGCUAUCGUCCAAACUAUCUUCUGGGAUCAAGGUAUCAGAAUCGUCUUCUCAACCCGUUCAAAGGUUCCAUAUAUCCUUAAGCAAGGUACUCAAGAACAAUUGUACGGUGGUGACUACAAGUUCGUUCCAGGUAAGGAAGAAAUUGUCAGAACUGGUUCAGCAGGUUACGUUAUUUCAUUCGGUGAUAUGCUUUACCGUUCUUUGGAUGCAGUUGAACGUCUCCGUGAGCAAGGUAUUGACGUUGGUUUGAUCAACAAGCCAACAUUAAACGUUGUCGAUGAGGAGACUCUUAAGGUUUACGGUUCAUCACCAUUUGUUUUGGUUGUUGAAUCAAUUUCACAAAAGAACGGUUUAGGUUCAAAGCUUGGUACUCAAUUGAUCCAACGUGGUUUCACUCCAAAGUAUAAGCACAUUGGUACAUUCCACGAAGGUUGCGGUGGUAUCGCUGACCAAAUUCCAUACCAAAAACUUCACCCAGCUGAUAUUGAAGCUGAAAUUAGAAAGCUCCACGCUUAA